AGUUGCAGUAAAGAUGGCGACUUCCAUUAUCCUGUGAGCUCGAACGUGGAGGCUGACCAGACUGGGCUACCUGUCGUCUUUGUGUCACAGUUGCCAGUAUAUUUGCAUACAAAUCCAUGGCAACCAUAAAGUUUCUACGCGGGGCCCUGUAUCAUCUCUCAGUCAGCAGACGGCCUGCCAUCCAUACUGGAGUCUCACAGCCAGCCUUCCAGACUAAAUGCACCUUGGGCCCUUCUUUUUACAGUGCACAGAUACAUACCUGUCCGCAGAGGUAUUCUGGGAUAGGCCGAGGAAAAGCCUUGCCUAGUAAACUCGAAAAGAGUUCACUGGUCCUCUCCAAAACUCUCUUUGAAGAAGCCAGUCUUGAAGAGGUGAACAAAGAAAGUUUCAAACAGGUUGUCAAGAAAUUUACAGAGUUUGACAAGCGUCGCCGAGGACACAUCCAAUUCAUAGAGACAGCCCUGCGCUACAUGAAAUAUUUCAAAGUAGAGAAAGAUAUUGAUGCUUAUAACGCCUUGCUGGACAUCUUUCCAAAAGGGAAGUACGUUCCAGAGAAUGUGAUCCAGUCUAUAUACAACCACUAUCCAGAGCAGCAGAUAUGUGCAAUCAAGGUGCUGCAACUGAUGGAAGAUAACACUGUUCUUCCCAACAAUGAAACCAAGGACAUCCUCAUCUCAGUCUUUGGCAAGCGGGCACACCCAGUCAAGAAGUACCAGCGCUUGAUGUACUGGUUUCCCAAGUUCCGCAACAUCAACCCCUUCCCGCUGCCAAAGGAACUCCCCACAGAUCCAGUCAAACUCUCUGAGAUCGGUCUGAAGCGUAUCGCGGAAUAUGAGGCCAAGCUGAAGGUGUUCUAUUUAAAUGGAAGCAAUGCAGAGUCAGAGAAUGCUGAGUUCAUCACCAACGUCCAGAGUGCCGAGCAGCAGGAACUCCUGUCUGAGCAUCCACCUGUCAGGCCGCUCUAUGUUGAGGGUGCUUUCCACCUUUGGCUUCGCAGCACCAAAUUAACCUAUUUUGUACUGAGAGGAGAUCCUUUUGCAUUGGGCGAUGAUGAAACAUUAAACGAAGAUGUACAGCAAACACAUGCUGAAGGCCCCAUAUUUGCCAUGUGCAUGACAAACAACAGCUGCCAAGAAACCCUUCAAUCAUGGAUCAAACACCUACAGGAGGACAAUCCGCACCUGGCCAGGAUACCAGUCAUCUUUAACCUCUUCAAUCUCGGGGAAACAACAGAGACAGUUGGGAGUUUACCGACAGAAACUCAUCUACUUGGAGAAUCGUGAUAUUUAGGAAGCAGUAUAAGCACAAACAUAUUGAGUAUACUUUAGUUAAUUUAAGCCCCUUUUUUAAAAUUAGAUUUUCCCAUUUUUUGCCAUUGUGGUCAUUUUCUUUUGAUCUAAGAAUUUAAUUUUGAUUUGUUUCUAAAAUAGUCACCCUCAAUUACCCAGUUAUGCAAAACCUCACCGAAUGUAAAAAUAAAUUCACAACUUUUACCAAAUACUUUGUCUACUUCAAAUCUAAUCCAAACGUUCUUAUCUUACAGUUUGAAAAGUGAAUAUGCGAUAAAAAUUCCUUAAAUGACUACCCCCUUUUUACAUUUUUAACAAACUUAAUUUUAUUCCCCCAAAACCUGAAAAGAAAGCAUUUUUGGCAUUCAAGAACAGGAACAUAUUGAGUAAUAAGGUUUAAGGAGUUUAUUGCGAUUGACACCGAGCACAGGCAGAAUGUGCAGAGCAAAGACAGAAGUGUUAAACAGCAGUUUCCAACAGAUCCGAGGUUGACGAAAUCCCAUCUCUGCCAUGCAACCAGCCCACUUCAAAAUAGUACAGUGCUAACAAAUCUGCUGAUGUUUCAAUCAUCCUUGGUGACCAUUCUCAACAGCGCUAACCAACUAUAACUCUGGAAAGAAUCUUCCUCAGGAAGUGUAAAGGAUUGCAGGUAAACCAACCCUGAAUAUUGUUGGUAUGUUUCACCCAUACAGACUGGUGUCAACGAGGUGUCCUGGUACUGUUUAAUGAGGGAGUGCAGAGGAUUGUGGGUGAAGCAACUUGGAAAGGAAGUCACAUUUUAUGCGUGCAAUCAUCGCUCUGUGUAGAACCUCUCUCGGGAAGUGCGAAGGAUUGUGGGUCCAGUUACUCUGAAAUUAGUUCAAUGCUUCAUCCAUGCUGACCUCUUUCAACCAGGCUUGCUUACACAGCCCAACUGUAAAUCUUGAAAGAAUCCACUCCAGAAAAAGCAAAGGAUUAUCGGUAAGCUGAGCUCUCUAGAAUAAACUGAACCUGUGCCAUACAUUCGACGCUGGGACCUGUGACGGCAACACAGCUGCCAGCAUAUCUUCCACAUUUCUUCUUCACUUGAAAAAGUGUACAGUAUUAUUCACUUUCCGCUGAGGUGCCCGGUUUCAGGCACCGUGAGUUUAUAUGCAGAGCUAGGGUGCCUGGUUUCCGACAAAGGAGCUGUUCUGUGUAACAAAAGACUGUACUCAAAACAAAGGACCUGCUGCUGGGAAUUGCUAUCAUUUUUCAACUUCCAUUUUUGAAAGUAAUCCGGCACAGUUUUGAAACGGCAUACCACUAUUUCGGGCAUAGCGCGCCCACGGAUUAGCACUACGGACAAAAGUGCUCCACGGCCCUAUUGAUGAGCGACACAGCACCGCUGCUCGCUAAUCCAGCGGCGUAUGAAAAGACGUUACUGGCAUUCACCAAAACAA